ACACCAUCACUAUCAACAGAAUUGCGCCUCACAGCAUACAAUUUUAAAGACCCUGUGUGGGACUACUCUCCAGUCUCAACAUGUAUCUGGAAAAUAAGAGCGACCUGGACCUGAAGUCCCCAGCAGCAGCCCCUGGCCUCCAGGGAAGGUCCAGUCUGAGGACAGCGGAGGCGGUGGCAGGGGGCUACGGCGAGGUGGCGGGGAACUUUGGAGGUCUGCGUCUGCUGGAGGAGUUCUCAGGAAGGAUAGAGUCUCAGAAACUACAACAGGCCUCCGCCAGAUCCCCGGGGAUCUGUGUUAUGCAUGCUGAAGACAGACAGAGCUUCAGUAUGGUCAACUUUCUGAAGGGAAACACCAACCAGACGAUGUCUAACCACACAGAGAGAUCUCCCCUCAUCAGGUUCUCCCAAGAUGACAGUAUAACAUACAUGACCCUGUAUGACGGGGAGGAGACGUGGGACAACAGCAGUUUGGAGCUGGAUAGGAGGUGUCGUCUGGGGAGUGAGGUCACCAGCCUGUCCCUGUCACGAUCCUCCUCCACAGAGAAAGACCCUCUGGACGUACACCUAAACUUCAAAUUGUCCAACAGCAUGAGAUCUUGCAUCUCCAUCUUUAAAAUCGCCUGUAUCUUCACCUUUGUCGUCCUCAUGUCUUUGUUCUUCAGUAUGUAUCCAGACAGAGACAACCCGUGGAGGAUGCUGGCUGUCUCCCCCACAGAGAGCUUCUCUUUGAACCUGACGGAUUUCCGUGACAACGCCUUGCUGAAGCUGCAGGUGGGUGGGCCUUUCGUGAGUGGCAUGGUGGAUCUGACCAAUGAGGAGUACAUCCUUAUUCAGGUGGAGCAGACUGAAGAGGCGGGGCCACUCCACCCACGGAGUCAACAGGUGAUCUACAACUGGACCAUACGUCUGCAUUCUGAACGGAGUGACCAGGUUAUAACAACUAAAACAUUUGAGAUGUUGAGCAGUGACCCCAUCAUCAUUACGGUGCAGGCGUUCGUCCAGGACAACACCAUGGUCCCUCUCUCCAUGACCCACCAGUCGCUCUACGUCACCAGGGAAAGGCAGGUGGUCAUUGCUGCAGUCAUCCUGGGGGGAGUUUACGUCCUCAUCAUCUUCGAGAUUGUCCACCGUACUCUGGCGGCCAUGUUGGGAUCUCUGGCUGCCCUGGCUGCUCUGGCCAUGAUCGGAGAUCGUCCCAGUCUGAGCACUGUGGUGGAGUGGAUCGACUAUGAAACUCUGGCUCUUCUGUUUGGCAUGAUGAUUCUAGUUGCCAUCUUCUCAGAGACUGGUUUCUUUGACUACUGUGCUGUGAAGGUAACCAUCAUCAAACCAGACCUGCUCUGCAAACUGGAUGAAGCAUCUCAAGCUUUCUGUGGUUUCUACAGUAUAAUAACCAUCAGGUUAUGUGAGGUCCUCAACCUUGACCCCAGACACGUCCUGAUAGCUGAGGUGAUCUUCACCAACAUCGGAGGAGCAGCAACAGCAGUCGGGGAUCCCCCCAACGUCAUCAUCGUCUCCAACCAGGACCUCCGGAAGAGUGGGAUAGAUUUUGCUAGUUUCACAGGCUACAUGUUCCUGGGGAUCUGUCUGGUCCUCCUCACCUCCUUCCCUUUCCUUCGCCUACUUUACUGGAACAAGAAGCUGUACAACAAGGAGUCCAGCGAGAUCGUCGAGCUGAGGCAUGAAAUCCGUGUAUGGAGGCAGACGGCCCAGCGUAUUAGCCCGGCCAGCAGAGAGGAGACGGCUGUCAAGUGUCUACUGAUGCAGAAGGUCCUCAACCUGGAGAGCGUGCUCCGCAAGCAACUCAAAACCUUCCAGAGACAGAUUUCUCAGGAAGAUAAGAACUGGGAGAAUAACAUUCAGGAGUUGCAUAAAAAGAACAGAAUAACAGACCGAGUCCUCCUGGUGAAGUGUAUAUCUGUGCUGGGGGUCGUCAUCUUCAUGUUCUUCCUGAACUCCUUUGUUCCCAGCAUUCAUCUGGAGUUGGGUUGGAUAGCUAUCUUUGGGGCCCUGUGGCUGCUGGUGCUGGCUGACAUCCAGGACUUUGAGAUCAUUCUGCACAGAGUGGAGUGGGCCACACUGCUGUUCUUCGCUGCUCUGUUUGUUCUCAUGGAGGCUUUGGCCCAGCUACAGCUUAUCGACUAUAUUGGUGUGCAGACGGCCCUGCUCAUAAAAGCCGUGCCAGAAGAGCAGCGUUUGGCCAUGGCCAUCAUCCUGGUCAUGUGGGUCUCAGCUCUGGCCUCCUCCCUCAUCGACAACAUCCCCUUCACCGCCACCAUGAUCCCUGUCCUCAUCAACCUGAGUCAAGAUGCAGACGUCAACCUGCCUAUCAAACCCCUUAUCUUUGCACUGGCCAUGGGAGCCUGUCUGGGAGGAAACGGAACGUUGAUUGGUGCGUCGGCCAAUGUGGUGUGUGCAGGCAUCGCUGAACAACAUGGCUACGGCUUCUCCUUCAUGGAAUUCUUCAGGCUAGGCUUCCCCAUGAUGCUUAUGACCUGUACCAUAGGGAUGUGCUACCUGCUGGCCACAAUCAUCGGACUGGGCUGGACCCUCUAACCUGCUCCUCACUGCACUACCAAAGAGAGACUGUUUGAGUGAAUGUGUUUAGAAACAGAGAGUUUCAAAGUGUUGGACGCAGCUCAAAAGCCACAUGGAGAUCAAUCGUUCCUUCACAGAUUCAAAGUUGCAGCUCAUUUGGAAAGUGGUGGACAUCAUCUCGAGUACCUAGUCACAUUGCAGUUAUAAUAUGCAGUAGUUAGCCUACAACAGCAUUACAACAACAGCGAUGUGUUGCAACAUGAGGAAAACAAGCUAAACCAAGUGAAUGGAUUAUAAUCUACACUACAUGGCCUCAGUCUGUAGAUCUCUCCAUGGUGCUCUUCAGUCUACAGCCCUCUCUUAUGUCUCCAUGGUGCUCUUCAGUCUACAGCCCUCUCUUGUCUCUCCAUGGUGCUCUUCAGUCUACAGCCCUCUCUUAUCUCUCCAUGGUGCUCUUCAGUCUACAGCCCUCUCUUAUCUCUCCAUGGUGCUCUUCAGUCUACAGCCCUCUCUUAUCUCUCCAUGGUGCUCUUCGGUCUACAGUGCUCAUUACACUGAGAGUAAUCAGAGGAGCAAGGCCUGAGUCUGCAUGGCUCCCCAUGGUGCUCUUUAGAUCAGCAGGGCUCUCCAUGGUGCUCUUUAGAUCAGCAGGGCUCUCCAUGGUGCUCUUUAGAUCAGCAGGGCUCUCCAUGGUGCUCUUUAGAUCAGCAGGGCUCUCCAUGGUGCUCUUUAGAUCCACAGGGCUCUCCAUGGUGCUCUUUAGAUCAGCAGGGCUCUGCAAGGUGCUCUUUAGAUCAUCAGGGCUCUCAAUGGUGCUCUUUAGAUCCACAGGGCUCUCCAUGGUGCUCUUUACAUCCACAGGGCUAUCCAUGGUGCUUCUGCUUAUAUGGGUAUAUUAUAAAAAUAUUUAGAUUUUUCAUGUAAUUUCUUUGGUACUCAAACAUUUGAAUCCUAGCUCAGCUAGAUUAUAUGGAUUCAUCAUCAUGCCCCUGAUACCCAAUAAAAGGGAUGUUUCUGUGGCCUAUUAAAAGGUUGUAUGUAGUUGCCUGACUUUGGGCUGGAUUCAAUUAGAUUGACAUUCGCAUAGCUGUUACUGUAUCAUCCCUCCAGCCCUCUGUUACUCAGAAACACUGCUACUGUAUCAUCCCUCCAGCCCGGAGCAGCCCUGUUACUAAGAAACACUGCUACUGUAUCAUCCCUCCAGCCCGGAGCAGCCCUGUUACUAAGAAACACUGCUAAUGCAUCAUCCCUCCAGCCCGGAGCAGCCCUGUUACUAAGAAACACUGCUACUGUAUCAUCCCUCCAGCCCUCUGGAGCCCCGUUACUCAGAAACACUGCUACUGUAUCAUCCCUCCAGCCCGGAGCAGCCCUGUUACUCAGAAACACUGCUACUGUAUCAUCCCUCCAGCCCUCUGUUACUAAGAAACACUGCUACUGUAUCAUCCCUGCAGCCCUCUGUUACUCAGAAACACUGCUACUGUAUCAUCCCUCCAGCCCUGUUACUCAGAAACACUGCUACUGUAUCCUCCCUCCAGCCCUGUUACUCAGAAACACUGCUACUGUAUCAUCCCUCCAGCCCUGUUACUCAGAAACACUGCUACUGUAUCAUCCCUCCAGCCCUCUGUUACUAAGAAACACUGCUACUGUAUCAUCCCUCCAGCCCUCUGUUACUAAGAAACACUGCUACUGUAUCAUCCCUCCAGCCCUCUGUUACUCAGAAACACUGCUACUGUAUCAUCCCUCCAACCCGGAGCAGCCCUGUUACUCAGAAACACUGCUACUGUAUCAUCCCUCCAGCCCUCUGUUACUCAGAAACACUGCUACUGUAUCAUCCCUCUAGCCCGGAGCAGCCCUGUUACUAAGAAACACUGCUACUGCAUCAUCCCUCCAGCCCGGAGCAGCCCUGUUACUCAGAAACACUGCUACUACAUCAUCCCUCCAGCCCGGAGCAGCCCUGUUACUCAGAAACACUGCUACUGUAUCAUCCCUCCAGCCCUGUUACUCAGAAACACUGCUACUGUAUCAUCUCUCCAGUCCUGUUACUCAGAAACACUGCUACUACAUCAUCCCUCCAGCCCGGAGCAGCCUGGUUACUCAGAAACACUGCUACUGCAUCAUCCCUCCAGCCCUCUGUUACCCAGAAACACUGCUACUGCAUCAUCCCUCCAGCCCGGAGCAGCCCUGUUACUAAGAAACACUGCUACUGUAUCAUCUCUCCAGCCCUCUGUUACUCAGAAACACUGCUACUGCAUCAUCCCUCCAGCCCGGAGCAGCCCUGUUACUCAGAAACACUGCUACUGCAUCAUCCCUCCAGCCCGGAGCAGCCCCGUUACUAAGAAACACUGCUACUGUAUCAUCCCUCCAGCCCGGAGCAGCCCCGUUACUAAGAAACACUGCUACUGUAUCAUCCCUCCAGCCCUCUGUUACUCAGAAACACUGCUACUGUAUCAUCCCUCCAGCCCUCUGUUACUCAGAAACACUGCUACUGUAUCAUCCCUCCAGCCCGGAGCAGCCCCGUUACUAAGAAACACUGCUACUGUAUCAUCCCUCCAGCCCGGAGCAGCCCCGUUACUAAGAAACACUGCUACUGUAUCAUCCCUCCAGCCCGGAGCAGCCCCGUUACUAAGAAACACUGCUACUGUAUCAUCCCUCCAGCCCUCUGUUACUCAGAAACACUGCUACUGUAUCAUCCCUCCAGCCCUCUGUUACUCAGAAACACUGCUACUGUAUCAUCCCUCCAGCCCUCUGUUACUCAGAAACAUUAAGAACAAUAAAACCUUUAAC